AGCAAGUAGCAAACACAUAAGAAGCACUUCAUUCUUCAUUCCAAUCACCACAAUGCUAAGACUCAUCCUUACCCUCUUCCUCAUCUCUAACAUUGCAGUGACUGAGGUAUCAGCAACAACAAUAACACUGUACAACAAGUGUCCACACCAAAUCUGGCCCGGGCUACAGCCAACUGCAGGAAAGCCUAUCAUAGCCCAAGGAGGUUUCAACCUUCCAUCUAACAAUGCCUACACACUCCAACUUCCACCGCUUUGGUCAGGUCGCAUAUGGGCCCGCGACAACUGCUCCUUCGACGCUACAGGCCACGGUCACUGCACCACUGGAGACUGCGGUGGUAUACUCUCAUGUAACGGCCUUGGUGGCACGCCACCGGCAACACUAGCCGAAUUCACUCUCGGCAACGACCAAGAUUUCUACGACGUUAGUCUUGUGGACGGUUACAAUCUUCCGUUAACCAUAACGCCAUUAAAUGGUAACGGAAAAUGUGAAUUCGCCGGUUGUGUUAGGGAUCUUAACGUCAUGUGUCCCAUGAGCCUUCAAGUUAGGUCAAGUGACAUGAAUCAAGUGGUGGGCUGUAAGAGUGCUUGUUAUGCUUUUAACUCACCUGAGUAUUGUUGCACGGGUAGUUAUGGAAGCCCACAGGCUUGUAAGCCCACUAGUUAUUCGAGAAUCUUUAAGUUGGCUUGCCCUAAGGCUUACUCUUAUGCCUUUGAUGAUCCUACAAGUAUUGUUACUUGUUCUAUGGCUAAUUAUUUGGUCACUUUCUGUCCUUGAAUUGAUCAAAUUAGCAUUUAGCUUAUAGUUUGUUACUUUCAAUGUUUGUUGUACUAGGUUAAUGAACUACUCCUAUGUGUCUUGUUGUGUGUACCAUUCUAAGUUUGUAACUGAUUCAUGUGCUAUGGUAGUUGUUGAGAUUUUUAUUCA